AUGUAUAAUCCUCAAGUUGUUCUGUAUAAUGCUAUAAAAACUCCUUCUACUCUUGAAUUAAUUGACAUUCUCCAGGAGCCAUGUACUACUCAAUUACCUACCACUACUUAUAAUGAUGCUGUUAAUACAAGAUUGAAUGAGGGCAAAAGGAGCGAAGAAGAAGAAGAAGAAAAGACAACUUCUGAGAUUAAGCAUUCAGCUGAGAUAUCCUGCAUUGAUUUUGUGGCUAAGAAGGCCAUUACAUUGGCAGGGUUCUUGCUUUACAGGUAUGAAAAAAGGAAGCCUAUGUACAAGAAAGAUAUGCUAACAAUUAUCUCUUGUUCGAAUGAAGACAAGUUUACUGAGAUUCUCAUGAGAGCCAAUGAAAACAUUGAGAGUGCCUUUGCAGUUGUCAUCAAAGAAACAGACACAACUAGUCACAAGUAUGCACUGGUUAGUAAACUAAAGCUACCGAACAAUGGGAGAAUCCAUUCAGGUAUGGGCUUACCCAAAACUGGGUUAGUUAUGACUAUUCUAGGUGUUAUUAUCCUGAAGGGUAACAGCAUUUCUGAAGAAAAUCUAUGGAAAUUCCUAAAAACAAAGGCAUUAUAUCCUGGUAAAAAACACUACAUCUACGGAGAACCCAAGCAUCUUAUUACCAAAGAUCUGGUGAGACUGAAUUAUUUGAAAUACCAACAAGUGCCAAAUAGUAAUCCCCCUCAAUAUGAAUUUCUCUGGGGACGCAGAGCUUUGAAAGAAACCACGAAAAAGGAAGUGCUAGAUUUUUUAGCAAAUGAUAAUGUGAUUGCUCCAAACAAAUCCACAACUACAUAUGGAAAAGCUAGGAGGGAUGAAGAGGAUGCCAAUAGUGAAAUGGUAGCCAUUCCUGGCCCUAAUGAAAUGGCCAUGCUCCUGCCUUUACCAGGAGCUGCAGCUUCUCCCCUUUAUCCCUCCAUCUAA